ACUGCAUUAGGUUAUGUUUACUUCAUCUCUCUCUACCAAAAUCAAAACCUUACGAUGUUUGUGUUGUGAUAAUGGUAAUAUUGGAAUCAAUGAAUCAAUAAAAAAGAAAAAAAAGAAGCCAGGCAAGUGGUGUGUUAUGUCAAGCGUCCGUUAAACGACAGACAGUGACAGUAGUGCAGCAGACACGAUAAAAUAAAAGAACAGUGGUUGCUUUGGAUGUUGUAUGAAACCAACACCAAUAAUUGCUGUGGAUGAGCCGGCAAAGGGACUAAGAAUUCAGGGGCAGACAGUGAGAAAACCACAUAUAUCAGAUGGUUUCUGGAGUUCAAGUACUUGUGAUCUGGAUAAUGGCAACAUUCAAUCUCAGAGAAGUAUCUCGUCUGUCAGUACAUUAAAUCAAAUUCUCUAUCAUAGUGGUGGAACUUCUACUACAGGCACCAAUUCUGAAUUUGUAAACCCAGGUCUUCUUCUCUGGAAUGAAAGCAGGCUUCAGUGGAUUGGAAGUGAAAAAUCUAGCAAGCCUAGCCAACAAAAACGUGAACCCAGACUGAAUUGGAAUGCAACUUACGAAAGUUUGCUUGGGACUAGACAACCUUUCCCCAAGUCCAUACCUUUAUCUGAAAUGGUGGAAUUCCUGGUGGAUGUUUGGGAACGUGAAGGGAUGUAUGGUUGAAACUUUGAGAAGUGAAACUGCCGAGUGCCUUUAAGUUUGUUUAUAUUUGAAUGAUGUAUUUGAAUCGUGAAAGGCUUUCAUGUAUAGUUGUGCAGAGAAUAUUAAAAGAUCAAACACAAGUUUGUUCUUCCUUUGUAAUUUAAAACACUAAAGGCAAUCUUUUGUUUUUGCCCUCAUGUAAAUGAAUCUAUACCAUUUUCAAACUAAAAUCUGAAUUGCUUAAUGCAGAAGUUAUUACUUACUGUUACCUUUAA